UAAAUCAGCUGAUUUCGCGAAUUAAAUCGGGAACAAAGUGCGGUUCAAUUUCGGAAAAAAGAUGAAAUUCAGACAAAAGAAGGCUUUUUCAUUGGCGCCACGCCGGGCACGAGGCUCCGAGAUGCCAUUCAUCAUCAUUUAAAGCCAAAAUUUAACGUCGCAAUUUCGCAUGAAGAGAAAUCGGAAUAAACAAACGAACUGUCAAUGGCAACGAAAGUCGCGACGCGAGCUGGGAACGCGUAUCUCCCGUGCAGCGCGUAGUGUUUUGACGUUUCCGUGACUUUUGUGAGCGACAUUGGCGACUUGUGUUUAAAAGUUGCUUGUUCAAGUCGAAAAAUUGGCGACAUUCAAGUGCAAGUUUUCCAUCCAACUUCCGUAUGUCGUGCUGCUGUAGUCGUAGAACGUACGAAAAAUGCUUGAAUUAGCAAAAGGCGAUUCAGUUAACUCCGCCAUUCAUCAAGCCACUCGGCCACAUUAAUUUUGUCGAAGUAAUUUUAUCAAAUUAGGUCGGUAAUUUGGUGCUUUAAUUGGCAGAAAACGGACGGAAUCGCCGCGCAAAUUGCCACGCAACGAUUUUUUCGCAGUUUCCAUGGGAAAGAGAUUGAAAGCAUGGCAUUGAUGACAACAGUUUAGCAACUUUAAGCUACGUUAAAAGUAGCAUGGAGCUACCUGGUGAUUGAACUGUGUAUCUCAAAAUUGAGUAAUUUGAUAAUUGAACUGAUAAAAGACAGAAAAAAAAGUUGAUAGUGUUAAAAAAAGUUUUUCUGAGUGGUUAAAUACACGAAAAAACAGAAAAACCGUGAAAUUUUUGUUAAAAAAUAAGAAAAUUAGUAAGAAAAAAUUUUUUUUCAUAAGAAAAGAAGUGAAUGCGACAGUUUUAGUUGUGAAUGAAUGGGCUUAACGGCUGCUGCAUCGGUCUCAAAGGUAUCUACCGAUGCAGUCAUUGCCAUGGCACCCGCUCUAACUGAGCCCGUAUCGCAAAGUGAUAUAUCCGGGCAGUCGCCACGUCCUGGAGAUAGUAUCACCAACAGUCCCAGCAGCCAUACGACAACGACGACAAUAACGGGAGAACUUGUCUCCAACGUCGUCGCCACGGAAAACAGCCAGCCAAACAUCCAAAAUAACGGAAAAUAUCCGAAAAUUGCGCAGCCAGUGAACGGAAAAACCAGCAACAAACUCGCGGUAACCGAUGAUCUGCAUACGACAACAAACGGUAUCGAGCAUAUGGAUCAGAAGUGUAGUAAUAACAUAAAAAAAGACCAUGAGACGAGCGAGAAUCCAGCAGCAGCAGCAGCGACCCCCGAUCUCAUUGCGGACCAGCAAAACGACGUUGUCACCUCAACGACGCGCGACGACGACGACCAAACGCUCGUCAAAGUCUCCGAUAGCCAGUCGUCGACAAUCAGCAGCAUGAGCAUCCAGAACUUUACGAGCAAGGAAACGGCCGAAGUUGAACAGAUGCUCGGCGAUUUGGCGGCUUCGGGUGACAUCGAUCUCAUGUCGGUGUUCAAAUCGCUCGAAUCGGCGCCCGUAAGUGAUGCCGGCUUCGAUUUGGCGGGCGGCUUAUCGCUUUUCAACGAUGUCGAUGUCAUGAAUGUGUACGAAGAAACGGUGCCCGCGAACACGUCGCCCGUCAAAGACCCCCAAAUUAGCGAAUUGCGUGCCGAUAUCGAGAAACGCCGCCAGCAAAUGCAACGGAAAUGUGAUUUUUUGCUGCGUCGUCUGCGAAAAUUGCAGGCGCGGUAUAUGACGCAGCACGCGAGCGAGGAAAUUGUCGGACUCAUUGAGCACUGUCAUCGUUUCAAUCGACGCAAGGAACGGGAAAUUGCCUUAGGAGUGAAACCGACGCCUUUGCUGCCGGAUAUUUUGCCAUAUCAACCGCCGCCGGGUACAUCGACAUCGGGAUCUGCGUCAGAUGCGAAACUCAUGCCGGUGAGCGGUUCUGCCAUCCGAAAUAUCAUCAAGAAACUCGAGCAGACGGCGACGAAUCAGAAGGCGACGUAUUCGAAGCGACAACUGGGCGUCAAGUAUUUUCAGUCGUCGCAGGAAGCGACAAGGAAUUCCGUGCCCCCGAAUGCUCCGGGAGCGAUUCGAGCGCCAACGAGUGCGAAUAAUUUCAGUUGCGUGCAUCGGUUUGAGGAUAAAGUCAUUGAUCAGGUGGAUCAAGUGGCGGGAUUAUUGCAUGCGGAACUGAGAAUGGUUGAGAGAGCGAUUGAUUCAGAUGCCACGGCAAGUAGCAGUGGAGGCGAAUCUGCGGACGAGAUGAUUGUUUACAGCAACACGACACAACAAAAUGUUCAAAUAUCGAAACGUGCGGCUUGGCGAUGGGCACGUGACCGUUCCUCGAUCGCAUCCCGAUGGACCUGGUUGUUGGCGCAAAUUUCCGACCUGGAGUACCGCAUUCGGCAACACAACGAGUUGUAUCAGCAAAUUAAGCGAACGAAAGGCGCCGUACAGCUCGAAGGGGAACCAGAUUCGGAGCCAGAAGUGGAGUCCGUGAAUGGGUAUCGUGGUGUGCUGCCGGGCGGAUCAAAGCCUGUCGAGACAGAGGCAGAUGCGGAGAGAGGAAAUGGUACGUCGGCACGAACAAGAGCUUUUAUACGGGGCACAUUUCGCAAACGGAAACUCCUGCAAACGAGUAAUUUGCAUACAAUUUCUAAAAAGGCUGCUAAAUCGAGCACGAUCAAAUGCGGUUGUUACUGGCCCAUGCAUCCGUGCGCCUUAUGUACAGGACGUGCAGAUCCAACGGGACCUCGCGAUCUGCCCGACACCAUGCCAGAAUCGGAACGCAUCGCGUUGGUUGAUCCUGGUUUCCAUCCAGUUUUAAGUUUCCCAGACGAUGCCACUCAAGGCGUUCACUUUGAAGCUAUCAUGCGAGUGCCAGAAUGGCAAAACAGGGUCUCACGUUACACACAAAAACAGGCAUCGAAGGCAGCGGAACGCGCAGCAAAUCCUGCGAAAUUCGGUGCUGAGGGCGAACAACGUCAAAAACGAAAAUAUCGCAAGAAGCAGAAGCCAGGUCAGAAUAACAACAACAAUCGCACGAAAUUCUCGCAGAUGUUCAAAAAUGCCAAAAUGCAAAAACAACGGAAAUCAUCACAAUCGGGAGAUGGUGGAUUUUAUAAUAAAAAGAGUCUGCAUCUCAAUAAGGCUGGCCUAGGGUACAACGACGGAGAGAGCGGAGGCAGCGGAAACAACAGUGGCAGGAGUAAAAAUGCCUCGCCGACUCUCGGAACUGAAAGAAAGGGAGAACGAACCAGUGAUAUCAGGCGCAGCCGUACUUCAUAUGACAUCGACAACAUCAUCAUACCGUACAGUGUGGCGGCACAAACGCGUGUUGAAGUGUUGCCCUACAAAGAGAUACCAACACCAAAGUGGAACAUAAUCGACGACGAAGUUGACGAUUUACUACCAUUUACUAGUCAGGAGCUCCUCAAUAACAAAGACAUGUUGGAAGAAGAUAUUUCCGAUGAGGCGUUAAUGCAAAUGCACGAACGCGCCCUCCUAGAGGAACGUAAAAAGUUUGCGGCUGUCAUGAAAUAUCCACCUGGCAAUCGACCGAGAGCAAAUCGACGCACAGACAGCCAUGCCGACUCGAGUGGCACAAAUACGCCAAUUAAUCCAACAUCGCCGGGACCUGCGGCGACAGAGUCUGGACCACCAACACCUGCAACUCCCUUGGAGCAAGACCCAGAUAACAGUCAAACAACAAUCAAUGCUCUGCAUCAUACGGUAAAUGCAUUGACCGGAAAGCGUGAGCGACGGCGAACCAGUUCAAUGAAGCUCAAAGACGGGUCUGCCGUUGAUACACGCAGUAACACACCAGAAUUGAAAGAGACGAUUCCACCCUACGAUCAACGUAUAUUCCCGCUGCCGGAUCACGUAUUUGAAGAAAUGCUCGCUGAAAUGCCGCGCGGCUACAAAUGCAUCUUCGAUUCGCUUGUGCUGCCCGACACAGAUCCCGAUCUCGUCGAAGAAGAAGUCGCCACUGCCUCGUAUCACAACAAAGACAAGUCUAGCACGAAACAACGACGCACGACAAACAACAAUUCGAUAAGUUACCAAGACGAAGAGCACUUGGAGGAAAUGGACGACGACGAUUCCGAUCGGAAUUCCAUCGUAGAGCGUUUGUUGCUGCUCGAAAAGGCAUAUGACGAGGAAAAAAUGAAUAAUCAGGACUUUAGUGCGGCCGAAACGGAGUCUGUAGACACGGAUGACAUCCCGGAGGAAGAUGUCGACGACCCUAACGAUCCAGAAUGGUUCGAACCGUUGCGCUGAGCUUCUUCUUUGUAAAUAUUUCUCACAUUCACAUCCUGUAAAUAAUUUCCUUCUUUUUCAUUUAUUAGUUGAUAAGCGUCUCAUUUUUUUAUAACAUUAAGAAAUUGCUUAACUUUAGAAAGCAGACUACUUUCAGAACAAAAAACACAUGAAAUACAAGCUGUAAAACAUUAUUUUCAAUGUAAAAAUAUGAUGAUGAUAAAUAAUUAUUAUAAUAAUUACGGUGUAUAGAAUAUAAAUAAAAAUUAAAAAAAAAAAACAAAUAAAAAAUUAAAAUAAAAGCUAAAUUUGUAGAAUAUUACAGAAAAUAGAAAUAGAAAGUUGUGAGCUCCUUAUUAAUUUUUUUCUGGAUUUUGUUUUAAUAUUUUAUUUCCAAAAAACACAAAAUCACUCUACUUAUUAAAUUCAUAAUUAAUUAAUUAAUUAGUUUUAAAAUUAUUUUCUAAAUUUUUUGAUGUUUCCAUAUUUGUUCUCAUUUAAUUAAUUAUUUUUGUUUAAAAAAAAUUUCCUUCAAAAAUUUUUAUUAUUAUAAAAAUAUAGAGCUAGGGUACCUAUAAGAACACGCAUUGUAAAGAAUAGCAAAGUAAGAUGAGGUAGUUAAAAGUGUUCUGGAAUAUAAAAAAAGAGAGGAAAAAAAUAAAAUAAAAAGAAAAUGUACCUACAACUAAAAAUUACAUUAAAAUUGUUAUAAAUUUAUCCUUUAAAAAAAUAAAAUGAUAAUGAUAUAAAUUUAGAUACACAA